AUGGAAUCUAUUAAUUAAUACAUUUACAAUGUAACUAUCCAAAUGAAAUUGUACCUACUGCAAUUAUAUUUAUAAUACUAAGCUUAUUAUACUUUAUAAAACAAUUAUAUUUACUAAUUAGAUUGUAUACAAAAUAUUAAGUUUACAAAAUAAUUGUAAAAAUAUGUUAUUAGAUUUUAGAGUGUAAAUCCUUAAUCAGAGGAUGUUUGUUGUAUAUGUCUUUAAUUAUUAUCAUAAAAAGUUGUUUAAUUAUUAUGCAAACAUAAAUUUCAUUAAAUAUGUAUUAAAGAAUGGUUUAGAAUAAAAAGCACUUGUCCAAUUUGUAAAAGGGAAUAUGAAAUAAUAUAAUCUAAUAAUAUAAACUAUUUCUGACUUAUUUAUCAUAAUUAUAAAAAAAAUGUAAUAAAAGUAAUCUAAAAAAUCAAAAGAAGAAGAACCAAUAUUUAAUGGAUAAUUCAAGGACAAUAGUGAUGAUGAAAAUGAUGAUAAAAGAAAGAAGUAGACACUAAUUAUGAAUGUAUCAGGUAAUUUAUAAAUUUAAAAAGAGAUACAAAAUAUGAUGUUGUGAAAUUCGUUGGUAAAAAGAUAUUUAAAUGGAUAUUGUAAUAUGAACCAGAUGGAAUUAAUUGGGAUAUGUUUUGGACAGAUGCAGCAGUUUAACCAGAAACUUUAGGUAAAAUGUAACGUAAGUUUGUUAAACAAUAUUUUUAAAAGCCCAUUAAAAAAUAAAUCACUUUCCUGGAAUGUAUUCUCUUGCACGUAAAAAUCAUCUUGGCAGAAAUUUAAUGAAAAUGAGAAAACAAUUUCCAAAUGAUUUUAAAUUCUUUCCAUAAACAUGGUUAUUACCAGCUGAAUAUGGAGAUUUUAAAAAUUAAUUUGUAAAAGGAAAAGUAAGAACAUUUAUCGUUAAACCAGAAGCAAGUUGUUAAGGAAGAGGAAUAUUUCUAACUAGAAAUAUUAAUGACAUCAAUCCAACUGAUCAUUAUGUUGCAUAAAGAUAUAUGCAUAGACCUUUUUUAAUAGAUGGAUUAAAAUUUGAUUUAAGAGUUUAUGUCUUAUUAGCUGGAACUGAUCCAUUAAGAAUUUAUGUUUAUUAAGAUGGUUUAGUAAGAUUUGCUACAGAAUCAUACGUUACUCCUACUACAAACAAUUUAGAAGAUGUAUGUAUGCAUUUAACAAAUUAUGCUAUCAAUAAAGAAAAUCCAAACUUUGUUUUCAAUAAUGAUGCAACAAAAAUGGAUGUUGGACACAAAAGAUCCAUUAAAUCAGUAUUUGGUAAAUUAUAAGAUGAAGGACAUAACAUAGAAAAAUUAUGGCAAGAUAUGUAUAAAUUGUUCAUCAAAACAUUCUGCACUGUCUAACCAAUUCUAAGUCAUCAUUACAAAUCAUGUUAACCUGACAAUUAUGCAAAUAAUAUGUGUUUUGAAAUUUUAGGAUUUGAUAUUUUCAUUAAUGAUAAAUUGAGACCUUUUUUAUUAGAAGUGAAUCACACACCAAGUUUCACAACAGAUACACCAUUGGAUUCUUUAAUAAAAAAGAAUCUUAUAAGAGAUACAUUAAAAUUGAUGAAUGUAAGUAUUAGAGCCAAAGAAGAAAUAAUCUCAUCAAGGAGAGAAUAAUUAUAAUAACGAGUAUUAACAGGAAAGAAAUAAAAAUUAACAUAAGAAGAAAAGAAUGUAUUAAUUUAAUAGUGUUCUCAAUAAAGAGAUUAACAUGAAAAUAAUAAUUUAGGAGAUUAUGUUAAGAUAUAUCCAUUAGAAGAUGCUUAAGAUUAUAAUAAAUUUAUUGAAUUUGCAUCUCAAUUAUAAGAUAAUUGGACUGGAGCAAGUAAUAUUUAUAAAAUUAUGAUUAAAUAGAUAUAAGAAGAAACUAAAAAAAAGAAUAAUCUGAAACUCCAUAAUCUUAAGCUAAUAAACCUCCUACUAUUCCAGUAAAAAAACCAAAUACUCCUUAAAUGUUUCCUAAAAUUAGUGAGAGAUAAAAUAGAAUUCAAGAAUCAAUUGAGCCUUAGAAAAAUGAAGAAUUAAAAAGCAAAACUUAAUCAAGUUUAGGAAAAAUAAAAAAAGAAACUAAAAGAUAAAUAUCUGAUCCACCUUUACCAAAAUAACAUUAGAGUAUGAGAAAUGUUUAAUAAGCAAUUCAAUAAUAAUAAGGUAUUCCAUAGUAAUUACAAUAAAAAUCAUGUUUAUAACCUAAAUUAUUUGAGUUAGACAUUUUAAGUUCUCAAAACAAGUCUAAUUCUUAAAAUAAAAAAUAAAACUAAUUCAAACAAUGA